GCUCCCGCCCUGGGGUCCCUCCUUUGGGUCCCUCCCUUGCUGGCGGGACCACACGGGGUGCAGGACCCAACGCCAUACGUCUGGCUGCUGCAGUAAGACUGUCUCUGUGCUUCGGUCCCAGCCAGGCAACCGCUGAGUUCUCGGCUAGUUUAGACCCCGGACCAGGCGAGUUCCCAGGACACUGCACCCGGGCUGAGUCUCCAGUAGCUUCUAGGGCGAGGGCUCUGUACUCAGCCCUGCCUGUGUGCUUUUGGAGUGGGAACAUGGUGCAGAAAUACCAGUCUCCUGUCCGUGUCUACAAGUACCCAUUUGAACUGGUCAUGGCGGCCUAUGAGAAGCGCUUCCCCACUUGCCCACAGAUCCCCGUGUUCCUGGGCAGUGAGGUCUUGCACGAGUCCCGCAGCGCGGAUGGGGCGGUGCACGUGGUUGAGCGGAGCUGCAGACUUCGUGUGGACGCCCCGCGGCUGCUGCGGAAGGUUGCGGGCGUGGACCACGUGGUCUUCCUGCAGAAAAACGUUCUAAACUGGAGAGAGAGGACAUUGCACAUCGAGGCCCACAACGAGACUUUUGCCAGCCGCGUGGUGGUCAAUGAGAACUGCAGUUACACGGUCCACCCUGAGAAUGAAGACUGGACUUGCUUCGAGCAGUCUGCCUCACUGGACAUCCGAUCCUUCUUUGGCUUUGAAAAUGCCCUGGAGAAGAUAGCCAUGAAGCAGUACACAGCCAAUGUCAAGAGGGGCAAAGAGGUGAUUGAGCAUUACCUGCACGAGCUCAUCUCCCAGGGCACCUCUUACCUUCCCCGCUGGACACCGACACCGGUGCAAGAGGAGGAGGACACUCACAGACAGCCUGGGCCACAAGACCCCAGCCCCCCGGAGGGUGAAGCGAUCAGCAGCACCCCAGGCCCUGCUCUGGAAGAUGUCAGUUCCGACGGGGACAAGCUGGAUGCAGACUAUAUCGAGAGGUGUCUGGGCCAUCUCACCCCCAUGCAGGAGAGCUGCCUGAUCCAGCUUCGCCACUGGUUGCAGGAGACCCACAGAGGCAAGAUUCCCAAAGACCAGCACAUCCUCCGGUUCCUGCGGGCACGGGACUUUCACCUGGACAAGGCCCGGGAGAUGCUAUGCCAGUCUUUGAGCUGGCGAAAGCAGCACCAAGUAGACCUCCUCCUUCAGACAUGGCGGCCCCCAGCGCUCCUAGAGGAGUUCUAUGCAGGGGGCUGGCAUUACCAGGACAUAGAUGGCCGCCCACUCUAUAUCCUGCGCCUGGGCCAGAUGGACACUAAGGGCCUGAUGAAAGCCGUGGGGGAGGAGGCACUGCUGCAGCACGUUCUUUCUGUCAACGAGGAAGGUCAGAAGAGAUGCGAAGGGAACACAAGACAGUUUGGCCGUCCCAUCAGCUCCUGGACCUGCCUGUUGGACCUGGAGGGCCUCAGCAUGCGGCACCUAUGGCGACCAGGUGUGAAGGCCCUACUGCGCAUGAUUGAGGUGGUGGAGGACAACUACCCAGAGACCCUGGGCCGGCUGCUCAUUGUGCGAGCCCCCCGAGUCUUCCCCGUGCUCUGGACGCUGAUCAGCCCCUUCAUCAGUGAGAACACCAGGAGGAAGUUCCUCAUCUACAGUGGCAGUGAUUACCAGGGCCCUGGGGGCCUGGUAGACUACCUGGACCGAGACGUGAUCCCUGACUUCCUAGGGGGGGACAGCGUGUGUAAUGUCCCUGAAGGAGGGCUGGUCCCCAAGUCCCUUUACCUGACGGAGGAGGAGCAGGAUCAAGCAGACCAACUGCGGCAGUGGAGUGAGACCUACCACUCGGCCAGCGUGUUCCGAGGGGCUCCUCAUGAGGUUGCCGUGGAGAUUCUGGAGGGGGAGUCAGUUAUCACCUGGGACUUCGACAUCCUUCGAGGGGACAUGGUAUUCAGCCUGUACCAUACCAAGCAGAUGCCCAAGACGGGCUCCCGGGAGCCUGGGCCCAGGACCAGUGGGCAGCUGAUUGACAAAGGCUGGGUCUUGGGCACUGAUUACAGCCGCGUGGAGGCACCUCUAGUUUGCCGGGAGGGAGAGAGCAUCCAGGGAUCCCAUGUGACGCGGUGGCCUGGAGUCUACUUGCUGCAGUGGCAGGUGCAUAGCCCCCUGGGCAGUGUGGCUUGCAGCCUCCUGGGUGUGGAUGACGUCCUAACAGCCCUGCACAGCCCCGGGCCUAAGUGCAAACUCCUCUACUACUGUGAGGUGCUGGCCUCAGAAGACUUCAGGGGCUCCAUGUCCAGCCUGGAAUCCUGCACCAGCGGCUUCUCCCAGCUCAGUGCCGCUACCUCAUCCUCCUCCAGCCAGUCUCACCGCAGCUCGCUGGUUUCCAGAUAGCUGAUUCAGAGCCCUGCAGAGCCACAUCUAGAACGGUCCAGCGCAGGAGGCCAGCUGGCCUAGAGGCCAAGGAGAAUGUGCGUGCUGGAGCAUCCAGUCUAGCUGCUGCCAAAGCUCGGGUGUCUGGACCAGAUGACAAGGAUGUUGCUCUCGGCCUGUGUGAGGCACGACUCCCAAAUCAGGGCGCUGGAUGCUGCUAGGCCAGAGCCAUCUCUUUUGGAUGUGGUGUUAAGGAAAGGCCCAGACAUGUGAAUCCUGCAACCUUUAGCUCUCCCUGGACGGGGAAACAGCCCUUUUCACCACUUGCUGUUUUCUCUGGGCUGGAUUCCUUCUCCUGUGGCCUUUCCUCAUGUAGGGUACUUAUCACCGGUGGACGCCCUCCCCUCUUCCCAGGUUCAGUGUGCAAGGGAACACUUGUCUCCAAAGUUCUGGUCUAGCUCUAAGAAUUGCCUCUUAUCACUCUGCUGGGGCUACAGACGUUCCUGAACCAAUCACGGUUGCCAGGAAAUGGAGAAUGAUGAUUGGUCAGCAGAUUUAUGUGUCCAAUCGGGAGGAAUCACUGUGACACUCAGGGGUGGGCCGCAGUGUGUUGAUUGGUCAUCAUGGAUCACGUGCACUUGCCUGGAGCCAAUCACAUGACCUGAACAGUGUAAGGCAGUCCCUCAAAGAGUACUAGUCUCCCCAUUACAGGAGGCCAGGCAUGGUGCUGCAGGCCUGUAACCCAAGCUUUGCAGAGGCUGAGGCAGGAGAAAC